CGACUGAUAUCAGGUGGAUACAAAGGGGCACGAAAGUCAGUGAGGAUGCAAGAUUGAUUGAAUUUCAUCCACGAAGAAGGAGUUACUCCCUCUCAAGAUUCACCUCAUGAGCGUGCCCUCCUCACCGGCUUCGACAAUAGCGCGGCACCGGAAGAUGUCAGACUUUGGGACGGAUCGGCGCCGUUCCAGAUUAGCCUUCUGCACCCUGGGCAUGUUCAUCAUAGACCGAAUCGAAUACUUAGACAACCAGCAGUCGCCCCAGGAAAACAUCAUCGGCGGCGCAGGAACCUAUGCCGCGCUGGGGUCCCGUCUCGCCGCCGGCCCGCGUAAUGCUCACCUGGUAAGUUGGAUCGUGGACAUGGGCUCCGACUUCCCGCCUCGGUUCCGACAAGUCAUCGAGUCGUGGCGAACGAGUUGUGUGUUCCGACAUGACGCGCAGAGGCACACGACGACGGCCUGGAAUGGAUACGGCGAGAACGAGUUCCGCGCGUUCAAGUAUAUCACGCCGAAGUUACGGCUGGACGAGAACGACUUGAACGACGAGCAGUUGCUGAGCCGGAGUUUCCACAUGGUGUGUUCGCCAGCGAGGUGUAUCAGUCUCGUCCAGGGCAUCUUGGACCGGCGGAAGAGAUUGCUUGUAGACACAAGCGCCGGCGUGGAUGACGAUCGGCCUAUCUUUGUCUGGGAACCGGUCCCCCAUCUGUGCACGCCAGAGGAGUUGUCGAGACUGAGGGAAGCCGCGGGUUACCUGGACGUGGUCAGUCCCAACGCCGACGAGUUUGCGUCUUUCUUCGAGGGAUCGCCAGAAUGUCAGACCAAAGAAAUCCAAGUACAGUAUCUGUUGGGAGUGAAUCACCUCAGAUCCGGGUAGCAGGAGAACGGACUGCGUUCGCGAACGACAAUCUUAGUCAUCAGGGAAGGUGCACAAGGUUGCACGACGUACUAUCCCGUGGACGACACGAAUUUUGGUUCUAUACAUCUCCGAGCAUAUCACCAGAGCAAAGAACGGGUGGUCGAUCCCACGGGCGGAGGAAAUACAUUCCUGGGAGCUCUGGCUAUUGGCUUGACUGGCAGCACGAUGGCCAACGCAGCGAAUGUCGAAGAUUUGGGCAUGAUGGACAAGAGAAAGGGCUUUUGAUAGCGUUGGCGCAUGCAUCCGUGGCGGCAGGAUAUGCUGUUGAGCAGACGGGGAUGCCGACUGUGUCAGAGACGGACGGUGAUUGUUGGAACGGGGCGCGAUAUUCCGAACACUUCAGAGAGUA